UCGACUUCAGUUUGCACGGCUCAGUCGUAGGCGAAGGUUGGAACUAGUGCAGAGCGGCAAUUGCACAAGGAAAUUUGAAUAAUAGUGGAACUAGUGCAGCGCCACAGCCAAGAGCAGAACGAACUGUAAAAUAAACAAAAAGAACCGCAAGUUCAACUGUUGAAAAGAAGAGACAUAAGAAAGAAAUCAAAUAAUUUAAAAAACAAAAAUACAAUGCUGCUGUUCUAUGCAAAAUAUGCAUUUCUCUUCUGGCUGUUCAUAGACGACAAUCAGGGCGAUUUGAUACUCAUGCGUGAGCUCUCCAAGGAGGAGCUGCUGCUCAAUGUGACCGCCUGCACCAAGCGCUGCCUGCUCACAAUACCGAAUAAGAAUUUUUCAAGCUGUUACGGUUACUGUAGUGAAAAUGGAACGGAUUUAAUGCCCGCAACUCCGCACAAAAUACAGGAGAACUUCUUCUUGAAUCUCGUUUGCCGCACAGAGUCGGAGCUCUCAUUUCGCAUCAAGUGGGUGCAGCAUGCGCGCGAUAAUGCCACACAGGCUAUGCCAGAUGCCAUGUUUAUCAUUCGGUUUGACAGAAUUUUCGAUGACGUCAAUCUUGAAUCGACUUUCUAUGUGUCCGAUGAGAGUUUCUUUACCUUAAAGGAUCUGGAAGCAAUUGCCGCGCAUAAUAUUACAGCGCUGGCUGUGCACGCCGAUGGCGCCUAUUCGUUUAUAGCCAUCCAGGAGAGCUAUCGGACACUGAAGCGCGGCUACCAGCCGAGCAAGAUGGGCAACGUUCGGCUGAAAGAAUUCGAAGAGCAGCCCGGCGAUAGGCAGCACAUUGCAGCAAAAGUGGAAUGGCAGCCAUCUGCAGAACGCAAUUGUUACUUUGAUAUGAUCUACUUCUCGAAGGACAGUCAAAUUAUGGACGCGCCCACGCCCAUUGAGUUUCGAGACCCUCGCAGCCUCUACAGCUAUACGAUACCGAAUUUGAAAUUUGGCGAGCAGUUCAUGGUGGGCAUUCGCACGGUUAAUAUCAUGAACAUGCUGGAGAGCUCACUGCAAUGGCUGGUACUCCACGUGCCCAGCUGCCUGGAUUGGUUCCAUUACAACUAUACCCUGUGUCCUCCACUGAAGCCCGUCAAUGUUAGCGUGCAACAAUCCCAUUUCGACCAGGAUAUAUUGACACUGAAUAUUAGUUGGGCUCGGCCACGACAAUUGCCGGAUAACUAUACGCUGUACAUAUUCGAUCUGCACGUGAAUAGCAAUCACAUGAAGUAUUUAGUGGAUGGUAGUGCUAAUCAUUAUUAUAUACCAAAUAUCACAAUACUUGGUGCCAGUUUUGAGGUGCAUUUAGUGGCCUACACAGAGGGCGGACGGAAUGCCACAGUUCUGCCCGUAGAUAAGAUUGAUUUGCAGUUCUGGAUGCUGGAAAGCACGCAGAUUAACUUCAUGGUGUUAUUUAUUGUAACGCUGUGUUUGAUACUUGGCCUGUGUUGGCUGUCGCUGCGUAGGCAAAAGCAACGACAAGAGUGUCAGAAGCUGGAGACGAAGGAGCUGAAGGCAGCUCCAAAUCAGUCAAGCGACUUUCACUUGUCCUUGGUCAACAACAACAGUAGCAGGCUGUUAGCCACGCUCGCUGCCGAGGAUAACUUUGAAUUGGAUGAUGAGCUGGAGGUAGACCCGCAUGCUGUGCUGCUGCAGGAUGUGCUAGGCGAGGGCGCGUUUGGCCUAGUGCGUCGUGGUGUCUACAAACAGCGUCAGGUGGCUGUGAAGCUGCUCAAAGAUCACCCCAAUGAGGAGGAUGUGCAGGCAUUCAAGUGUGAAAUCGAAAUGUUACGCGCCGUGGGCAGGCAUCCGAAUAUUGUGGGAAUUGUUGGCUACUCGACCAGGUGCAGCAAUCGCAUGAUGCUGCUUACCGAAUACUGCGGCCUGGGCAGCCUUCAGAAUUAUUUGCGUGACGAAUGGAAAUUCCAGCAGGAGCGCAGCGCACGGAAUAUGCAUGUCAAGCUUAAUCUAGUCCAGCAGAAGCAUCACUCAAUGCGUUCUGGGCAUCUCUCGUAUAACGAUACACGUAUUGAGGAUAUAAAUCGAUCCAUGUUGUCCACCCUGGAAGAGGAAUCCGAGACGGAUCUCUCAAGGAACAGCAGCCGCCAAGAUACCAGCUUCAAAUGGAACAAGGGCACACUUGCUGCCGACAACAAAUCCUAUGGACUGCACGGCAUUGAGAAUAUUGAGGCGAAUGCAGGACCAACAGUUGCUGCUGUGGCAACUCUGAAGAACCUAUUGAAGCGCAGUCAAAAGGAGAAGCAGUCAGACAAAAAUACCUGCUGCACGGCUAGCUUUGAAAAUCAGGAGUACUUCAAUACACCAGCGGUUGAGCAAGAACUGGAAAGGCAACCACUGAAAUAUGCCGAUCUAUUGGAUAUUGCGCAACAGGUGGCUGUGGGCAUGGACUUUUUGGCACAGAAUAAAAUUGUGCAUCGAGAUUUGGCUGCACGAAACGUGCUCAUCUCCAUGGAUCUCACCAUCAAAAUAGCAGACUUUGGUCUGAGUCGUGAUGUCUACCAUGAGAAUGUUUAUCGUAAAUCUGGAGGCAGUGGCAAGCUGCCCAUCAAGUGGUUGGCCUUGGAGUCGCUGACCCACCAGGUGUACACCAGCCAGAGCGAUGUUUGGUCCUUUGGGGUGCUGCUGUAUGAGAUUACCACACUGGGCGGCAUGCCGUAUCCUUCCAUCUCGCCCAGAGAUUUGCUGCAGCUGCUGCGUCAGGGACAGCGCAUGAAACAGCCCGAAGGCUGCACAGAUGAAGUAUUUGCUCUAAUGACAAGCUGCUGGUGCUCCAUACCGGGAAAUCGACCCACAUUUGCCCAACUCAAACAGCAGCUCGAUGCGAUGAUCCUGGCCAGCAAUGAGCAGCCAAUGCGGCUACAGAAGCAGCUAAAGCGACAGCUAACUCAAACUGACAAUCCACAUAGCAAAGUGGAGCAACUGCCUCAACAUGAUGAACCCUAUUUGCAACCUUGUGCUUAACUUUGUUUUUAGUCUUUGUUUUUAUUUUUUUUUUUUGUCUUCAUUCAAAAUGUUUUACCUUGUGCAAUACAUUUUCAACAAAGUUUCUAAGGAAAACAUAUGCUGACUAUAUGUGCAACACAUGAUAAGCUCUCUGAGAUAUUGUAGAGCAUAUUGUAAUUGUUAAACUAUGAAA